UUUUUCUCUCUUUAUUGUUUAUUUGCAUCCUGACAAGUGUUAAAUAUAAAAAAAUACUAAACACCAAUAUUUAUAGAAAUGUACGUCCCCAGAUGGGCCUUAAACAUGAAACGGUUUAAAAACAAUAAGACAAAAUAGCAAGAUAAAAUGUCCUGUGUAACAUGAAGCCUAAAAUUAAAUCAACAAACAAUGAAGGCAGUUUCUCUGGCAGAUUAUUUUACUUAUAACAUGGGAAAAAGUUAUUGUUAUAAGUGAAAUAAUCUGCCAGUGGGUUUCUAGGUAACGGCGCCAGUGGAACUUGAACUUUUUCAUCAAUAUUAAGGAAUUAUUGACUUAAAACAAGAAAAAACUUAAAACUUACUGAAAAGCUUCUUGUAAGUUAGUUCUGUCUUAUUUCAAGUGUACUAAGAUAUUUGUACAAGAAACUAGACAAAAAUAUGUGGUAAUAUUUUGUGUUUUUGCAUAUUCUCUGUUUUCUCACAUCUCAGAGUGCAGUAAUGUUUAUCACACUUUAAAUUAGAAAACUAACUUACAAGUAAUUUUCCAGCAAGAUAUAGAACCUUGUUUAAUGCAAUAAUUCCUUAAUAUUGAUGAAAAACUUCUAGUUCUUAGUUUUUCAUCAAUUUUCACAAAUUAUUGACUUGCAACAAGCUCCUAUUUGUUGCUUUAAAGUUACUUAUAAGUUAGUUUGUCUUAUUUCAGUUGUACUAUAACCUGUACUAGAAACUAGAAGAAAAAUACUUUGUAAGAUAUUGCAGCGUUAGCAUCUCUUCAAAAGGGGAAAGAUAAAAGAACAUGACAUUCAUGCAAGUCAGGCAAGUUCUUCUAAAUUCAGAAAAAUGGCUACCAUAAAACAGAACAUAUUAUCAUCCAGAGUAAAAAUUCAAAUGUUUAGAAGAACUGAGAAGCUGGUUGAUGAGUCAUUUAUCUUGUAUCCACUCACUAAAACUGACGAGUUUUGUUUUGCAGACAGAGAAGCCCCUGCACGUUUACCUCCAUUUCCUCCUGUUUGCGACGUGGCGCCGAGGCUUCUGGGCGCCAGGGAGUCGUCCUACAAACGCCAAAAAGACGACGUGAAGAUGGAGUUGGAGAACUCGUCGUUGUGGAAGCAGUUCAGCUCCGUGGGAACCGAGAUGAUCAUCACCAAGAAGGGCAGGCGGUUGUUCCCGGGCCUGAGACUAAAACUGUCCGGUUUGAAUCCGUCUCUCCGCUACAUCCUCCUGCUGGACGUCGUCCCGGCAGAUAACUCCCGCUACCGCUUCCAAGGCGGCGGCUGGCAGGCCGUCAGCGGGGCAGAGGCCAGGCUGCCCGACCGGGUCUUCAUCCACCCGGACUCGCCCGCCACCGGUGCCCACUGGCAGAGCCGCACCAUCUCCUUUCAUUACGCCAAGCUCACCAACAACACCCUGGAUGCACAGGGACAUAUAAUCCUGCACUCGCUGCAUCGCUACCAGCCCAGAGUCCAUGUGGUCGAAGCCAGAGACAUGUUACGGUGGGGCGGAGGACAGCACUGCUUCGUUUUCCCCGAGACCCAGUUUAUCACAGUCACAGCUUACCAGAACAACAAGAUCACAGAGCUGAAGAUCAAUUCCAACCCUUUUGCUAAAGGUUUUCGAGAGGAUGGCAUGAACAGCAAAAAGCAAAGAGACGCAAGACAGAAACGCAAGAUGGUCGCUCUAACGGAGACUCUGGAUAUUGUGAACUGUGAUCCCUGUGAAGCCGUUGAAGCUGCUGAACCCGCACCCUCCAGCUCGGACCUGCAGGCUCUGGCGCUCGCCUCUCUCCCUCCGCUGCCCGACUCUUCCUGCGGGUUCAGACCCGAGGAAGCGUCCUAUCCCGUCCAAGAGCCUGCACUGGACCUCACCCAGACCUUCAUGACCUCCCAGAUGUCAGAUAUCAGCGUCACGAUGCAGGAAACGCAGGAAAACGUAGCGGCACACAAUAUGAUUGAAAACUCAGAAGUUAUGGCUGAAGCGAACUUUGACCCUAGCUUCUCUGCUGCUCCAUCCCAUCCUCACCCAUCCUUCCCUCCGGUGGAUUACCCUUCCAGCUCCUUCAGUUUCCCCACACCUCCACCUUCAGACGCCUCUUCCUCCCCCGCUAAUAGCGCCUUCAUCCCGGAAACAAUCAGCCCCCACACUCCAGCUGAUUUCACCUGUCCGUCAAACCCACAAACAUCUCCUCCCUCUCAGGUGCGGCAGGGGGAACCGGAUGCUAAUGCAAGUAAUGGACGUUUAGCUCACACUUCGGCGGCUUUUACUUAUCCAAAUAUCCUCCCUAUGAAUGCAGAACCUGAAUAUUCUUUAGCUACUUUACCUGCCAAUGGUUCCUGCAGCACUUUUGCGUUGCCGUCGCUUCCCCAGCAAAUUCAAACUCUGUCAUUUCCAAACGUAACUCCGAGCGCUGCUUUGAAUUUCCCCAACUUGACCCACCAAGCUCAGUUCGCGACUGCCCCCUAUCGCCCGGAGGUGGUACUGCACCGACAGGCUUUUAUUCCUCAGCCGACCUCCACGCCUGCGCCAGCUCUGUACCCUGCCUUCCCAUCAUACCCUCUCCACCUGCAUCAGGACCCCCACUCCGCUCUCUCUGCACCCUUCAGGCAUCUUUACAGACAGCACCAGCAGAGCCACCCUCGCUCCCAGGGGUCCUACAUCAGCACAAGAGCAGUGUUUUAGAAUAGUGUUUGGUUUCAAGGCGCUUUCAGGGAAUUUAGUAAUUUAUAGACUAGAAGCAGUCGUGAACUAUGUAUGAGAGCCAAACUGUUCAGCUGAUUGAUAUUGGUGAUAAUAAUGAUGAUUUGCAUAUACUUAGAAGUACAGCUUGGUAUGAUGGUGUAUUAGAGCCAUUGUAGACAGAAAAAAGGAAUACAUUUCAGACAUUUUCCAGAAAAAACAAGAACAUUUCUGAGUUUGAAAAGUCAAACAUUUGCAAGAAAUAAUUCAGAAAUUUUUAGGUUAACUUCAGAAAUUCUUUUUAGGAAAAAACUAGUAAAUCUCUGAGUUUCAAAAGUAAAAAAGAUCCAGACUUUUUCUAUAAAAUAUCUAUUAUUAUAUAUAUUUUCUCUCUUUUUUUUACUCUUUAGAC